CAGCCAUAUGUACAAUGGGCAGUCUUGUGAUACUUCGGAUGAAGAUGGAGUUGAGUCACCGAACUAGGUGGUCGGCGCAAGGACGCGGUACGGUAUGGGGGAUCGCACGAAAUCGUCGAUAACAGAAAACAAAGAAGGUGUCAGGAAAUGGCUAGCCUCAUAUCUGCGCGACAAAAACUUCACAGUAGAGAUGCAAGAGGUCUCAGAGAAGCGGUACAACCUGCUGGCCUACGGAAAGAAGCGCGCAACGACGAUACUAGUCUCCUCACACAUCGAUACCGUCCCACCGUUCUGGCCAUACUAUUAUAAUAUGAUGUCGGACAUCAUUGGAGGGAGAGGAUCGGUCGAUGCGAAGGGCAGCGUGGCAGCGCAAAUAAUCGCGGUACAGGGCCUGCGCGAACGCCCAAGGCGAUCACAGAACUACGAAGUCGUAAUCUUCGGCUAACCGACAGGCAAAGCUGGUGUGUGGGCACAAGGGCAUCCCUGGCUCGGCGUGUCUGCGAACGAUGGUCUGGUUGAGGCGCUGGGGAGCCUGCUAGAAUUGAGGGAGCAUCUGCCAUGGAGUACGAAGUAUGGAAAUAUAACGAUGGAUUUCGGAAAGGUGCAGGGAGGCGUGGCCGCCAACGUUGUGGCCGAGACUGCCAGCGCAGGAAUCGCCGUGCGCCUUACAGCCGGAACCCCCAAGAUCAUCCAAGGGCUCGGCGACCUGGAGAUCUAGUGGACAAGCGAAGGCUACCCGCCAGUCGACAUAAACUGCGAUAUCAAAGGUUUCGAAACCAUGACCGUGAACUACGGGACUGAUAUUCCGAAUCUGGAGGGCAAUCAUAAGAGGUAUUUGUACGGACCUGGGAGUAUCUGUGGCGCAUUCGGACCAUGAAGCGCUUAAGAGGAAAGAGUUG